ACUGCAACAGACUGCAACUCUUUCAUCCUCUCCUCGAGAACACAAAACUUAUUACUUACGCACUUUCCACUCACGCACAUAUUUCAAGGACUGUAUCACACAAAUGGCCACUGUGCUCAAGUCUUGGGUUACUUUCUCCACUCCAAAAGCUCGCAAUGUCGUCCGGACUAUCCUUGCCAACUCGAACAAGUUUGGACUGACCACGCAAGACAUAUACCAUGCUGCACAACAGCAGAAUAUAAAAUCAGAACUCGUGCGCCCAGCUAAGGCAGACCUCGCGCCAGGUCGGAGACCAGGACCAGAGCCGUCUAAUCCAAACCAUCCCAUUCCUUCCAUGAGAUACUUGAAGAAGUUCGUUCUCGAGGACCUAGCAGCUCGUGGCGAAAUCGCGAAAGUACACGUUCGGAGAAUCAAAGUAGGCGAAUUUGGCGAGCCGGUAUAUUAUGCCAGAGCAAAAGGCACCGUGCCAGUGAAAGCUGAUGCAAUUGUGACGGCUGGAAAGGAAGCUUGGGUCUGGAGACUCAAUACAAAAGGAAACGCUUUACCUCCAAGCCUUGAAGAUGAAUCCGGUGAACCACCGGUUAUGGGAGCGAUGAAGCCCGAAGGCGUUGACCUCGAAAAUGACGAGGUAGACGAGGACGAAAUUGAUAUCUUCGGCGACGAUAAAGGUUGGACGACCAAGUCCAUUCGAUUCAAAAACGUUCCCAAUCUAGAUCCAAACCGUACACGUUGGGAUUGAUAUAUACCACUGCGUCCAUUAUACUUUGAUACACCACUCUAGUGCGUUCAAACUACCCGAUACGCAACAUUCAGUACAGCAAAACUAACUCUAUAUUGCAACAGAACAUACUAGUCAUACAUAGAUACAUACAAUUCAAGAUUACAAGCAAUAACUCAAAGCAUAAUCAGCAAGAUCGUUACU